GUCAACACUGUACCAGAGCCACAGCACAGAACUGCCUACACUGUGCAUGCUGUGAAAGACAGAGGGUGUGUAUAAGAGCAGUUCCGUUGGGCACAGCUGCACCACAUCACAUACACUGGAAUUAGUGUAUCAGGUGCACAAAUAUUAAAAAACGUGCCUGGCAGAACAAGAUAACAGGGCACGAAAGCAGCAGUGUGACUGUAGGAUGAAGCAUCUCUAGAAGGAGUCCAGGCCAAUAAGUGAAACGAACAAAAGAAGGUUGUGCCUUGAGCAGUGCCAAUAAAGGGGCAGAGUGACCUGAAAACACAGAGAGAUUUAAGUAGUGUUCGUCUUUAAGCCUCCCAGUCCAGCAGACUCAUGGCUAGCAACAACACUGCCAGCAUUGCCCAGGCCCGUAAACUGGUGGAACAGCUCAAGAUGGAAGCGAAUAUUGACCGUAUAAAGGUGUCUAAAGCAGCGGCAGACUUGAUGUCAUACUGCGAAGCUCAUGCUAAGGAGGACCCUCUGCUGUCACCUGUGCCUGCUUCUGAGAACCCCUUCAGGGAGAAGAAGUUCUUCUGCGCCAUCCUGUAAGCAGUGAUGGCUGGCCUUGGGCAUGCCUGCUCCAUCUGGGACCCACACUCAUUGAUAUUAAGAACGUAAACCUUUUAGUGAUGGCUGAGGGGGCAGGCGUGCGGUGACUCCUCAACCUCACCUGGUUCUCCAUGUGCCUCGUGCAAAACCCCAGCAUGGAGGAGAGCCAGGGCUGUGCAUGUUUACAAGGGAAAGCACAGCCAACAUGAGCAACUGGCAUUACAGCAGCUCAAGCUGGAUAUGAUGUGUAAAUUGCAGUAUUAAUGCGGUAUUUUGUGGUCCCUAUGAGGUAUUCAAAUGUUUUGUUUAAUUAAAUUAAGUUGAUCCUGAUUUCAAAGCUGAUCACUGAGCAAAGAAUCAUGGGUCGUCAUAGAAAUGUUCUGAUUUCUUCUUUGUUUGCUCUAUUUCAAUAAUCAUUCUCUUAAAUAAAUUUGGUAUAUAUAACUUAGGUAGCUUUCUACGUAUGUACUUUUUUUUUAUGUAAUAAUAAUAGAUAGGUAAGAGCAUUUUUUAUGAAAGAUUUGCACACAUACAAAUAUUCCUAACAGAUACGUAUCUUUAUGAAACUGAUUACAACAUUUGAAUAUGUAUAGCAGGCAAUUUAAUUUUUUGUCUUCUUCAUAAAGAUAGGUCUUUUUACUAUUUGUAAAAAUCAACUGUGUUGUGCUGUAUACGGUUUGAAUGUCUGUGGUGAUUCCAAUAAUAAUUGCAUGAAAAAAACCUUAAAAAAGAA